CACACCGGUCUUGCAAGGAUGGGUAGUACGAGCGACGGAUGCUGGCCAGUAUUGGUGGUGCUUGUCAGAGCGGAAAACCUACAAGCCGCAGCUUUCUAUGAAACAAGUGUCGAAGGCCGUAGAAACCAGGCAGUAUGAUGCCAGCAUCCAACUCGCCGCUUCACCUUUUCCUCUGUGAGCCAUUAGGAGUAGGAGCGAGAAGCAAAUGCAGAAAUCUCGUGGGAAGUCCGGAGAGGACCUCGCGGUAGAUCCCGACGACGAUACGACGUCUGACCCGGUUUUGGAUUCCGCAGAGUUGGCAAAUGUUAUUGCCCAUGCAGUGCAUGCGCAGGAGUUGUUUCCCCUGGGCCGGAGUUGUUUCGAACAGGAGCAGGCGGCCGCAAGAAAAUUUGCCCGGCUUGGUAUUCGUUUGGGCGAAGGGGGAUCGGGCCAGGUGUACGAGCUGCAGGGAAAGGGGGGCAAAAGGUACGCGAUCAAGAUCAUUCAUGCGACCUCGGAUGGCGAACUGUGCAGGUUCCGGAAGGAGGCCGAGCUGCUCCAGAGCCUGCAGAAGUGCAAGUUCCAGCAGACGGGACGCAGCGAGGACCAGGUGGGCGAGAUCGUCUUGCCCGACGGAGAGAAGCAGCGCUGGAUUUGGGGCGAGGAAGCGAACCGCUACAUCAUUCGCCAGUUCACCUCCAGCGAGAAUCAAAAGCUUGUGAAAUCUGCCGGCGGUUUUCCGAUGAAGGGACCACCCACGAUAAAUGGUCCUCGCACCGCUCACAUUGUGAUGGAGUUGGCCGACUGCGA